AUGGACUCGGACACUGCACUGAUUGUAGGGGGUGGAGCUGUUGCAGCUUUACUAGCUGCUCGAAUUCUUCUUCGUAGAGGUGGUAAAGGCGCCGCAGAGCAAUGGGCCAAAGGUGGAUUCAAAGCCAAGAUGGAUAGGACGGAAGCGCUUUCAGUGUUGGGUUUGAAAGAGGGGCCAAAAUUACGCUCUCAGCUCAAAGAUGCACACCGACAAAUAAUGCUUGCCAAUCAUCCCGACAGAGGUGGCUCGCCGUAUAUUGCAAGCAAGAUAAAUGAGGCUAAGGAUUUUCUGGACAAGCAGGAUAAGAAGCGCUAG